UUGACAUGUGGACCACUAACAAGAUGACACGUGAUGAUGUCAAAAGUUUAUCACUUUUUAGGUGUCAAAAUAUCAUUAUCCAUAAAGAAAUUACAGGAAGAAGAAGAGGCUAUGGAGAUGAAAAUGAUAGGAGAGGAGAACCUUACCACGCGAACCGCAGAAAACCUAACACAGGGAUCGAAGUCCCGAAGCAACUGAACGGCGCGUCGAUAACACGCAUCAACCAAGCCAACGUCUUUCAACUCUCCACCGCGCUCGAUGAACCCGACGAGCCCUUCAAGCGCCGCGUCUCUCACGUAAGGGUAAGGAUCCUUCGUGAACCCCAGCAGCACCGCCAACAGCAAGCCAGGUCGGACCUCGAAACUCGAACCCGCGUUCCGGAGCAUCCACGCGCGGGCGGGCACGGAGGCGCCGAAGCACAGCGACGUGAAUCGCGCGUCGUCCAGAUGACGGUCCGAGAUGGACACACCGAUGGCCUCAACAGCGAGGCGGGGAGAGGAUUCGGCGGUGGGAAGAGGCAUGGUGGGAAUCAACCUUUCCCUCCAAAUUUAUCUUGUGGCAGAAAUUUGAGGAAGAGUGAACUUGGUGCUGUAAUCUUUGGAUGCAAGAACGCCACAAUGAAUGAAUGCCUCUCUAAACAACUCUUUGGCUUACCAGCUCAGCACUUCUCUUAUGUGAAGAAUNUUGAUNCAGGAUUGCCUCUGUUUUUGUUUAAUUAUACUGACCGGAAGCUUCAUGGAAUUUUUGAGGCAGCCAGCAAAGGAAGAAUGUUUAUAGACCCCUAUGGAUGGACUACUGAUGGUUCAGAGAGAACACAAUAUCCUGCACAGGUGCAAAUUUGUGUUCGACUUAAGUGCCAGCCACUGCCCGAAGAUAAAUUCAAAGAAUUACUUGCAGAUAACUACUACACUCAUAACCAUUUCUGGUUUGAGCUAGACCAUGAGCAAACAAGCAGACUUAUUUCCUUAUUAUCAUCUGGAUCAAUUGUCUGUGGUAAUUCUGUCUCGCAGAAUACACCAAGUUGGGUGACUUCAUCUCGUGAGACUUGGAGGGAAGAUGAAACAUUUAAAAUGCUUGAAUUAGAGACAAAGGUGGUUGAGAACGAAGAUGAGGUUAACCGCGUACAUGAAGAUGAGGUUAACAGCGUACAUUUGAAACUGAAGGAGUUAACUGUUAGCUAUCUGGAGCAGAGACUGAUUGAGGCAGAAAGGGAAAUUCAGCAUCUUAAAGAUCGUUGUAAAGUUUUAGAAUCUGCUUGUAAUAUCCCUAAUCGUUUGGAACAUGUUGAGAAGGCAGUNAUAAAGUCGACAGCUGAUUUAGAUCCCAAAGAUUCAUUAUUUUUAAUUGGAGGUUUUGAUGGAAGAUCAUGGUUAGCAACUAUGGAUUUGUACUGUACUUCUCAGAGUGUGACCAAACCUCUUAAGCCUAUGAACUCAGUUCGUUCAUAUGCUUCAGUUGUGCGGUUGAAUAGUGAAAUUUAUGUUUUUGGUGGUGGAAAUGGUUGUGUUUGGUAUGACACAGUUGAAUCAUACAAUCCAGUUCAUGAUAACUGGACCAUGUGCCCCUCUUUGAACAAGAAGAAAGGAAGCUUGUCUGGUGCUGCUUUAUAUGGCAAAAUUUUUGCUGUUGGUGGUGGGAAUGGAGUUGACAUCUAUGCAGAUGUUGAGAUGCUUGAUUUUGAUAUUGGGCGGUGGAUCCCUACACGCUCAAUGCUAAGCAAGAGAUUUGCUCUUGCUGCAGUUGAACUCAACGGGUCAAUUUAUGCCACUGGCGGGUUUGAUGGAAAUGAUUACUUAAGGUCUGCUGAAAGAUUUGAUCCUAGGGAACAUUCUUGGACCAAAAUACCAGACAUGAAUGUAAAGCGGGGCUGCCAUUGCUCAGUUGUUCUGAAUGAAAAGUUGUACGCCCUUGGUGGCUUUGACGGCACAAAAAUGGUUCAAAGUAUCGAGGUGUUUGAUCCUCGUCUUGGAGUAUGGACAAUGGGGGAACCAAUGAUUCAUCCACGGGGUUAUUGUGCUGCUGUAGUUGUCAAUGAAUCCAUUUUUAUGCUUGGUGGAGUUAGGAUUGGCGAGAACAUUGUAGAUACAGUUGAGAAUUAUAAGGUCGGUCAGGGAUGGCAGGAAACUUGCAGAUCAGCAGCUGUUAAUAGGUGUUUCUUGUCAGCUAUUGCUUGCAGUCAGGAGUAAGAAAGUAAGGUUAACUUUGUA